AUGUCCAGCACCACGCGAAGAGCAGCGGCGGGCCCCCGCGCCGCCGCUGCCGGUGUCGCCGCCAAUCCCGGCAGCAGCAUCUUGCAAACCCUCCGAGCCACCCAGAUGAUCGACAGCAAACCCGUCUUGCCAGCCGAGAUCCUCGCCGCGAUCCUCGACUACCUCCCCGUCGCCGACCAGAUGCGCGUCGCGCGCGUCUCGCGCCGCAUGCGCGAGAUGGUCUACGACGACUCGCGCUGGGUCGCCCGGCUGCGCAGCAUGGGCUGCUGGGACGAGGCCGAGGCCCGCCGCCGCUUCGAGGAGGCCGUGCUGAGGCGCCGGAGGGCUGGCGCCGAGGGCUGGGCUGCUUCUGCUGCGGGGGACGGCGGCGGUGGUGGUGGUGGCCCGGGGACGGGGACAGGGAAAGUGAAUAAUGCUAAUGGGGGGCCGAUAGAGGCUCCCGUUGGGGCUGGGGCGGGGUCGGAGGGAGCGUUGCUGUUUGAUGCUGGUUUGGAGGAGGAGAGGAGGCGGAAAGCGCUGCAACAGCAGCAGCAGCUACAACAGCAGCUACAACAGCAGGUGGGGGAAAUGCGGGACGGUUUCGAGACGAUGAGGCUGGGUGGGACAGCGCACGCACAACCAAGACAGGACCCGUCGACAGACCCCGAGGCGCUGCUGCAGGUCAUUAAGAACGCGCGGAGUGUGAGGGGCCAUGCCAGGCAGGAAUACGGCAAGAUCUACGGCGCGCUGGCGCCCUUCUACUACGAUCUCGUCCGCGCCAAGAGCCACACCGAUCCGCUCGUCUUCAAGGUCUUCCGCGACCCCGAGAGGCAGGCGCAGAUGCUGGCGAACCUAAAAACGUUUGCCAAGAGCGACUGGGCGCAGGGGUGUCAGAAGAGGGAGGAGAAGCUGGACAGCAUGACGGGCAUCUUCGAGAGCGCCGUGCUGCGCGAGUUCGAGCAGGGCUACGAGUUCUGGGAUGUCGAUGGGCGCAUGAACAGGUAUGCCCAUGUGCUGGCGCUGCUGAACGGGAGCAACGCGGCCGCGGAGCUGUUCAUCCAGAAGCAUCCCAUCUUCUCGGACCGAGAGGUCCUGGCCAACCCGAUGGACUGCGUCAACCAGGCGCUGGCGGAUAGCAUCACGCUGGAGCCGUCGCGGCAGUUCUUUGAGGUGCUCGCGCGCAAGGUCAACGAGCAGGCGGCCGUCAUCGAGCGCAUCUUCCCGAAUCCCGAGCAGGUGUUCUGGGCGUUCGCCGACAAGGUCAGGGAGGAGCUCAUCAUGGAGUAUGCCACGCCGCUAUUCGAUGAGACGCACGAGCGGAGCAUCCCCUCGUAUCUCAAAGCUGUUUCGGGCAUCUUUGAGCAGACGCUGCAGUUUUUCCGGACAUUGACUCCGCCAAAGGGGGCAAAGGAGGGGAAGGAAGCCAAGGCGCAGCAGGAAGAGAAGGCCAAGGAGCUCGCGCUCAAGGUGUUUGAGCCGCACCUGGACCUGUACCUGCAGGACGAGCUUGACGAGUUUACCAGACAGGCGGAACGCGAGGUCGGGGACUGGGAGAAGAAGCUGUCGGAGCAGGACGCCAGCGCGGAGUCGUUCUACAUGGGCAGCUUCGCCAACCGGCAAGCCGACAAGAAGGACUUCUUGACGACGUUCAAAAAAGUGGUCAUGAUGCCCGUGACGGUGCUGCCGACGACCUUUGCCCUGCCGAGUCUGCCGCUGGGGUCUCCGUUUGCAAGCAGCAAGCCGGCCGCGGCAGCGAGUGCCAACGGCAGCAAUACGCAACAGAACCUCAGCCAGCAAGGAUCACGCUCGCAGUCCCCCGCUCCGUCGCUAACACCGUCGGCAGUUGACCGGAGCUCCAGCCCGCUACCGGGAAAGGCGCCGACCGACGAGCUGGCAGCCAAGGCGGCGCUCAUGACGUCGCGGCUGGAGGGCAUCAAGAGUCUGUUCAGCAUCGAGGUGGCGCUGAGCCUGGUGCAUGCCGCCAAGGCCAGCCUAGGGCGCGUCGCCGUGUUUAUCCAGCUCGGCGGGCAAGCUGGCGGAGAGGCGCGCGAGCAGUGCGCGGCCAUCUUCAUCGCGCUGCUGCGCAUCCUGGGCAACGGACACGUCAAGCCGGGCUUCGACAAGGCCGUCCAACAUCUGUCGCAAUACAACCCGCGCGAGGUCAGCCAGCACGACCAAGGCGGCGUGGCGCCGCUGGUGACCUUCAUCGAGCUGGUCAACGUGGGCGAUCUCAUCUCGCAGAUGAUCGACGUGUUCUACGAGCAGCAGCUUGUCGGGCCCAAGAUCGCGGACCGCAACGACUUCCUGGACCCGGCCGGGUUGGCGAAGAAGAAGUUUGAGCAGAUGCUCGACGAGAGCGUCGCCGCUGGCCUUAACAAGGGCAUCGACGUGCUCAUGGACGAGGUGGAAUACAUCUGCGCGACGACCCAGCUGCCGACCGACUACAACCCGGGCGCGGCCACGGCGCCGGACGCGGCUGGCGCUGCCGGUGCCGCAUCAUCCUCCUCCUCCUCAGCAGCAGCAGCAGCAACGUCGACAUCGACGGCGGAAAAGCGCGCCUCCAAGACGCUCGGCGCGGUCGACAUGGACAUCGGGCCGACGCGCACGGCCCAGCGGGUGCGCGAGCUGGUGGCGUCGCACACGUCGAUGCUGGUGGGCAGCACGGACAAGUCGAUGCUGGACGUGUUCAACGGCGAGGUGGGCCUGCGGCUGUUCGCGGCGGUGUGCAAGCACCUGAAGCGGCAGCGCAUCAGCACCGAGGGCGCGGUCAAGCUGAUCGCCGACAUGAACCUGUACUUCGAGUACGUGCGCACGCUCAAGAACCAGGACCUGCUCGCCUACUUCCGCGCGCUGCGCGAGCUCAGCCAGAUCUACCUGAUCGACCCGCGCCACGCCAAGGAGAUGGCCACCAUCAUCGCGGACGGCGACCGCUUCGGCGGCAUCUUCCGCGCCGAGGAGGUGUACGAGUACGCCGAGCGGCGGGCUGACUGGUACCAGGUCCGGAGGGACGUUGAGAGGGCCAUGUACGGGCUGGAGUGCAGUCUGAUGUGA